AUGUCCCGCCCAGAGGAUCUCCUCCCUCCGGACCUCUACUACAAUGACGCCGAAUCCCAAAAGUACACGUCAAACAGCCGUAUACAGUCUAUCCAGGCCUCCAUGACCCAUCGCGCUCUCGAGCUGCUCAACCUCACUGGGCCAUCUCUCAUUCUCGAUGUGGGCUGCGGCUCAGGCCUGUCGGGCGAGAUCCUUUCAGAAGAAGGUCACACGUGGGUCGGAAUGGACAUUUCGCCCUCGAUGCUUGACAUCGCGUUGCAACGGGAAGAGACUGAAGGUGACUUGUUCUUGGCGGAUAUGGGACAAGGUUUGCCCUUCCGCGCGGGCAGUUUCGAUGCUGCUGUCAGUAUCAGCGCGGUUCAGUGGCUGUGCAACGCCGAGUCAAGUGGUGUCUCCCCGGAAGGACGAUUACGAAGGUUCUUUGAUGGACUGUACGCCUGCUUACGAAGGGGCGGCAAGGCUGCCCUGCAAUUCUACCCCAAGAACGAGCAACAGAGAACGAUGAUCAGCUCCGCUGCUGUGCGAGCGGGCUUCGGUGCCGGUAUUCUUGAGGACGACGGUGGUACGAAGAAUGUCAAGACGUAUCUGGUGUUGAGUGUGGGAGGAGGUGACAUUACCCAAGCGGUGAACGGUAUGGAUGACGUAGACAUUGAAGAUGGCAGGAAGAUUCGACAGGCGAUGAACGGGAAGGCACGGAAUUCUGGCGAUGCCAAGGGCAGUAAGGCUUGGAUCAUGAAGAAGAAAGACAAGAUGAAAGCGAAGGGGAAGGUGGUCAAGAGCGACUCCAAGUACACAGGACGAUCGAGAAGAGUUCAAUUUUGA